UAUUUCUAAUUAAGUGUAAAAUACUUAUUUAUAUUGAUUAUUAAAAUCACUGACGAUUUAAAAAUUGGAUCAUUCAACAUUAGUAAUAGAAUAAGGAUAUAAUUAUAUUUGAAAAUAUAUCAAAGAUAUAUUAUUACCUAAGUGAGUCAGGUAUUAUAAAAAAUGAAUAUUGCUUCGAUAUCCGAGUACUUGGAGACUUACGAAGGACGGGACAAAUUUCUUAGAACACUUUCUUAUGCAGCUAAAUUAGCAUCAGGAUUUUCAUCGUCCCAUGAUACGGCAAUUAAAUUUAAAAAAUUUGGAAGUAAGAUGAGUGGAGCAAGAGUAAUUUUAAGACUACUGGAUGAUAUUCCAAAUAUACAUCGAGUUAAAACUUAUACUUUGAGGCAAAAGCAUAGCGAUUGGAUUAUUAGAUUCAUUGAAGUGUUUAAAAUAGCUCUUGAUCUUUUCUAUAGUCCUAUAGAGCAUAUUUAUUGGGCCGGGGAAAAUAAACUUAUACAAAUAAAUGUUGUUAAAUGGAAUAGAAUUUCAGUUUGGUUCUGGAUAUUUUCUCUAUAUCUUGCACUAAUAAAAUCUUUACGCAGAUACAAACUGCUUAAAAAACAAGAAUUACUUUUUAGUAAAGUGGAGUUAAAUCCAAGAUUCGAUAAGUCGAAACUGAAGGAUCAGCAGAGCAGCGAAAUGCUCAUCUGUUUACGAUUAUUACUAGAUUUGAGUUAUGCGAUAAAUUAUUUGCCAUCUGGUACUCUGUGGGGAGGUAAAUUUUCAGAUUGGCAAGUUGGUGCUCUUGGUACCAUUUCAUCAUUAAUUGGCAUUUAUCAAGCACUUUCUAAGAUAAUUACACAAAAAGCAAGUUGAUUAAUUUUAAAUGAUCGAAAGUAGAACUUAAUGUAAAGUAUAGUUACGGAAAGGUGUUUAUAAUGAAAAUUAUUUAUUAUU